GUGAUUAAUGCUGGGAAGAGUCAACACAACGAAGACCAGGCUUGUUGUGAAUUUGUGACGGUUGAAGAAAGAGACAGUAGAUUAAACAGCAAAUGCAACGAAUCAGAGAACUCUGAUGUGCCUACAGAUACUAAGAUCAGCAAUGGAUUAUCUUUCUAUUACUGGGGACUUUUUGAUGGUCAUGCAGGAUAUGGAUGCUCUUUAACAGCAUCAAGGCUCCUUCACCUUCACAUUUGUGAUCAGCUAAGAGACCUUGUACAUAUUCUCCAACAACCUACAAUUGCUGCUCCUCUGUGUCUAGGCAGUGGCACAAGAAAUGAGAGUGCUUCAAAUACACCGACUCAGGAGAAAACAGAACCCCCUCUAGAGACUGCAUUACGUUUCCACCUUGAAAAACAAGUAUUUCCUGAAAGUCUUGUAAUUGGUGCACUGGAAAAUGCUUUCAGGCACAUGGAUGAACAUAUUGAAAGAGAGAGAACCUCAAAUAGUAUAGAUGGAGGAUGCUGUGCACUUGUUGCUAUCUGUUUGCUGGACAAACUGUAUGUAGCCAAUGCUGGGGACAGCAGAGCCAUUAUCAUCCAACAGGGGAAAACCAUUCCGAUGUCGCAAGAGUUUACUCCGGAAACAGAAAGGCAAAGACUGCAGUUCCUAGCUUCCUUAAAGCCUGAUCUGCUGGGAAAUGAAUUUACAUGCCUUGAGUUCCCAAGAAGAAUACAGCAGAAAGAAAUCAGGAAAAGGAUGCUGUAUCGAGACCACACCAUGACAGGCUGGGCUUAUAAAACAAUUGAAGAAGAUGAUAUGAGUUUCCUCUUGUGUAUGGAGAAGGCAAAAAGGCUAGGGUUAUGGCCACUAUUGGAGUAACACGUGGAUUUGGAGAUCAUGACCUUAAAGUAUAUAACUCAAAUAUCUACAUCAAGCCAUUCUUAUCUUCUGUGCCUGGAGUGGAAGUCUAUGACCUCUCAAAAUGUGAGCAUGGUGCCGAUGAUGUUAUGGUAAUGGGUACUGAUGGACUAUGGGAUGUCAUUACUGACAAAGAAGUGGCAGAAAUUGUUCAAAGAGUUUUUUCAUCUCAUGGGCCUGAUGAACCAAACAGAUAUAACCUCGCUGCACAGGAGCUCGUUCUUCGAACAAGGGGAGCUCGGAAAGAGAGUGGCUGGAGGCUACCAAACGGAAAGCUUGCCUCAUUAGAUGACAUCUCCGUCUUCGUUAUUCCACUAAGUGAACAGAACAACUGCACAAAGGAAAACAAAGGAUGA